UUUAUAGAAUUAUUAUUAUUAUGACUGACUGUUAAUGAAUGUUGAUGUUGCAGGUUGUUUUAAAAUUCAAGUACAACUUCUGGCAGAAGAUUGUACAAGGAGCAGAUUUUUUUGGUCAUGUUCCCCAGUCAUCGGAGGGGCGUGGUCACUGUGGGCUGUUCUAUGACCUCUGUAAAAAGGCUAAUGAAAAGAGCAAGAAGGCAACCAAUGUUUUAAUGACUGUGUUAAGUGGAGACACAGCUGUUCAAGCCCAGACGAUGACAGACAAGGAGGUGGUGGACUCGUGUAUGAACACCCUGCGCAAGCUCUUUCCUUAUGAGAUUCCUGAUCCUCAGGCCUAUUUGGUAACAAACUGGGGCAGAGAUCCCCAGUCAGGCAUGGCAUACUCGUACAUACCAAUUGGUUCUACUGGAGAAGAGUACGACCACCUGGCUUGUGACAUUGAUAGCAAGCUAUUUUUCGCUGGAGAGGUAUGUAUUGUUAAAUGGGUGUGGUCAGGGGGUUCGCCGAAGUAG